UUUUGCCAUUGCAAACUAGGUCAAAAUAAUAAAAUUUGUUAACAUUAUCAUGUGAAACUUUCAUUGAUUAGCUUUUAGGUUCUUAUUGCAUCUCGAAGCAUCGACCUCUCACUAUAUAUACAAGUGUCCCUAGUCUCUGUUCUGCACACCUCUUUCACAACAAAACCUUAAAAGAUGAUAAGUCACUACAGAAACACCAUUUCUGUUGUUUAUCUCUUGGUUUGUUGUAUCUUCAUUACAUCUUCUUCUGCAAGUUCCUUCCUACGACAAUUCACAGAUGACUUCAACACAAAUCUUCAGCAGGAGAAUGGAGCAGGACCAAAUCCAAACGUGGGUGAAGCAGAUCACUUACAUCAACAUCAAGAGAUCUCAUCACGUGAUCACAAAGUCUCAGUUUCAAGUACGGUGAAUGGUCUAAGAGAUCGUAUUCCAUCUUCAUACUCUCUCAAGAUGGAGUCUUUCAACAAGCUCCUUAACUCACCUUACACAGAGAGAUACCAAUCUCGUCCUUUUACAGUUGGUGGAUACAACUGGACACUUAUGGUGUACCCCAAUGGUAACAAGAAGGAUAGUGGUUCAGGGUACCUUUCACUUUACGUAGCCAUAGACAAUUCAACUCUCGUCGCUGGACAGCAAGAGGUUUACGCAGAUCUCAGAUUUUACGUAUUCAACAACAACGAGAGGAAGUACUUUACUAUCCAAGAUACCAAUGUGUGGCGUUUUAAUGUCUUCAAAACGAUGUGGGGAUUCUCUCAAGUCCUCCCUGUUGCUACAUUCAAAGACCCGGCAAACGGAUACCUCUACGAUGGAGACCACUGCGAGUUUGGUGUUGAUGUGACCAUUCCCACUACGUAUCAAAUAUCAGAACUUUUCUCUAUUGCUGACAACUUCUAUAACCCCAAGUUCACCUGGACCAUUAGGGGAUUCUCCACGCUGUUCAAAGAUACUUACUACUCAGAUCUGUUCUCCAUUGGAGGGAGAACUUGGACUAUACAAGUGAAUCCAAGUGGUCGUGGCACGGGAGCAGGAAAAGCCUUGUCCAUGUAUCUUAACCUUGAUGUGAAUGAGAAAUUCAGACCCUACGAGAAGAUUUAUGUUCGAGGCAAGCUUCGAGUUCUUAACCAACGUGGACUCAAUAACAUCGAAAGGCAACUGGAUAUCUGGUACCAGGGUCCAGGUUAUGGAGAAUACAGCUGGGGUUACCAUGAGUUUAUCUCUUUCUCCGAUCUCAGAGAUUCAGCUAAGGGUUUUGUUGUGAACGACGUGUUGAUGGUUCAGGCCGAACUCGAGGACAUUUCUUCAACCAAGUACUUACCUAACUAGAUUGUCUCUAGCCGAGGAACAUGUUGUGCCUCCAUGUUUUUGCUUUCUCAUGAGCCAUCUAAUAAUAAAAAGAGUGUUUGUUUUGUUUUGUUUUGUUGUUGUUCUCAUAGAAAUAUCAAAACAUCACCGGUCAGUUAUUAUUCUUAAUUAUCUCAAAAUAUUGAAGAUUUAAGCACAGGCUAGUCCUUUUCACC